CGUCUGUGCGUGCUUCCGGAAGACGUGGCGAUAGCUGAAAUCAGUCGGUGCGGCGCUUUCCUCCGCUAUCAGCUAUCAGUCAGCGCGGAAACAAAGUUCACAGAGUGAAGAUGAUCUCCCUAACGGACUCCCAGAAGAUCGGGAUGGGUCUGACGGGCUUCGGCGUGUUCUUCCUCUUCUUUGGGAUGAUCCUGUUCUUUGAUAAAGCUCUGCUGGCCAUAGGGAAUAUCUUGUUUGUAGCAGGCCUCUCCUUUGUUAUUGGACUGGAACGAACCUUCAGAUUCUUUUUCCAGCGGCACAAAAUGAAAGCUACAGGUUUCUUCCUGGGUGGCGUGUUUGUGGUGUUGAUCGGGUGGCCAAUCAUCGGCGUGGUCCUGGAGGUUUAUGGGUUCUUCCUUCUCUUUAGGGGCUUUUUCCCAGUCGCGGUCGGCUUUAUUAGAAGAAUACCAAUUCUUGGAUCACUGCUCAAUCUCCCUGGAAUAAGUGGUUUGGUGGAUAAAGUUGGCGAGAGCAACACAAUGGUAUAACGGACUUUGAAAUAUUUUUCAUCUUAGGAGUGAUCGCCACUUAUUUAAAGUUUUCAGCUGUACUCUGAUGUAUAAUUUGAUGUCCUUCUGGUAACACUCCCAGUGAAUCUCAGACAUGAGAAACUCUCAUCUUUGAGAGGAGGUGGUGCUUUUAUUGGGCACAAGUUGUUACCUAUGGAGAGCUGUUAUUUUUGGGAACUGAUCCACCAGCCCAAAUUGGGCCCAGUUAUGUGGUUAUUACUUUGCUUACCUCCAUCAUGGAGGUAACAUGGACUUGUUGAACCAACAAAGGGCAUAUUUUGAUUGACUGACUGUAUAAUCAUGGCCCAUUGGGCUGCUUCUUCUGAAAGGACUGCUACAUUCACUAUUUCUUUUGUACGCUGUUACAUAGAGAUCUCUUUAUGUUCUGUAUGAAGGUGUUACUGGAUCCUUGUGACGCUUUAAGGUGCCAACUGCUUUUUAAAGUGUGCUGUGUUGAACGUGUUACGAGUGCUUUAAACUGGACGAGCCACAACCCAUCAACUCAUUAUGUCACUCCAUUUUUUUUUCCCAGCUCAGUCAAUUAGUAGCCUUUGUGAAACACACACUUUGUAAAUAUGUAUUUUAAACAAUGUAUAAGACUGCUGUACAUUUUUACAUGGAGAAAGCCACACUUUAAUAAAACUUUCAAUAUCUGUA